AUGUGGAUCUACGACACCAUCUCUGAAUCCAUCCUUGAACUUUGGUUAGCAAUCAAGAAUCUCUUCCGUGACAACAAAGAGGCUCGUGCCUUGCAGCUCGACAACGAGUUGUGUACUCUCUCCGUUGGUGAUAUCUGCAUCCAUGAUUAUUGCAAGAAGCUAAAGUCCCACUCUGACCUCUUUGCUAAUGUGGAUUCACCUGAACGCACACUAGUGAUGCACAUACUUAAUGGCUUCAAUGACAAAUUUGAUUCAAUCAUUAAUGUCAUUAUGCACAAGACCCAUUUUCCAUUGUUCUCUGUGGCCAGAUCAAUCCUCAUCAUGGAAGAGGAUCGUCUCAAGAAGCUUGUCCGACCUACACCAACCCGCCCUCACCACAACUCCACUUCUGACAUACUCUACACGUCUUCUGAGAAUCAAGAUGAUGGGCUUUACCAUAUUAAUGGGUCUGCAUGA